CGGCGGGCGGCGCGGGAGAGCGGGCGGAGGGAGCCAGGCCGGCCGGAGCGUGUGCGCCGCCCGCGGUCCGGUCACGUCCCCGCGCGGUCGCCUCCGCCCGCUUGGUGCGAAACGAGGGCGCCGCGGCCGGCGCUCGCCGUCCCGCCCCGCCCAGAGCAGCUCGGCCGAUGCACGGAGCCGCGGUCGGGAGGUGAAGGGCGGAUGCCUGUGGCAGGGGGGCCACAGGGAGCCCCCACGGCACCGGCACUGGUGGCUGGCCCUCCAGCCGCGCUUAGCAGCAUCGCCACAGCAACCAGCGGCCAGACGGCAGCAGCCUAGGCGGACACGAGAGGACGGCUCCCCACCGUAGGGAGGAUAGGGAAUGACUGCAGCCAAUCAGGCCCCGUGGUGGCCCUGGGAGGUGGAGUGUCACUAAAGGGGAGGCUCAGCCGCCUCCCAGAGCACGCGAGCACCAUGCGAGCGGGAGAAGAGGUACUCGGGCGGGGGCUGCAGUGUGGCACGGCCUCAUCCCCCCGCCUGCACUGAGCACUUUGAGGGCAGCUGGGCUCCGUCUGCUGCGCGCACCGGCCCACAUCUCAGCAUCCCCAGAUCAGAGGCGGCAGGAGAGGUGCUCCGUCCCACGCUCCACGUUUGGGCCCGCCGCUGCCGGACCAUGGGAUGUCGGCAAAGCUCAGAGGAGAAAGAGGCGGCGCGGCGGUCCCGGAGAAUUGACCGCCACCUGCGCUCAGAAAGCCAGCGGCAGCGCCGCGAGAUCAAACUGCUCCUGCUGGGCACCAGCAACUCGGGCAAGAGCACCAUUGUCAAGCAGAUGAAGAUCAUCCACAGCGGCGGCUUCAACCUGGAGGCCUGCAAGGAGUACAAGCCCCUCAUCAUCUACAACGCCAUCGAUUCUCUGACCCGAAUCAUUCGUGCCCUGGCUGCCCUCAAGAUCGACUUCCACAACCCCGACCGGGCUUACGACGCCGUGCAGCUCUUCGCGCUGACGGGCCCAGCCGAGAGCAAGGGCGAGAUCACGCCGGAGCUGCUGGGCGUCAUGCGGCGGCUGUGGGCCGACCCCGGGGCGCAGGCCUGCUUUGGGCGCUCCAGCGAGUACCACCUGGAGGACAACGCCGCCUACUACCUGAAUGACCUGGAGCGCAUCGCUGCGCCUGACUACAUCCCCACGGUCGAGGACAUCCUGCGCUCCCGGGACAUGACCACGGGCAUCGUGGAGAACAAGUUCACCUUCAAGGAGCUCACCUUCAAGAUGGUGGAUGUGGGUGGGCAGAGGUCAGAGCGCAAAAAGUGGAUCCACUGCUUCGAGGGUGUCACGGCCAUCAUCUUCUGCGUGGAGCUCAGCGGCUAUGACCUGAAGCUCUACGAGGACAACCAGACGAGUCGAAUGGCGGAGAGCCUGCGCCUUUUUGACUCCAUCUGCAACAACAACUGGUUCAUCAACACCUCGCUUAUCCUCUUCCUGAACAAGAAGGACCUGCUGGCAGAGAAGAUCCGGCGCAUCCCCCUCACCGUCUGCUUCCCUGAGUACAAGGGCCAGAACACCUACGAGGAGGCCGCCGUCUACAUCCAGCGGCAGUUCGAGGACUUGAACCGCAACAAGGAGACCAAGGAGAUCUACUCCCACUUCACCUGUGCCACUGACACCAGUAACAUCCAGUUUGUGUUUGACGCAGUAACAGACGUCAUCAUACAGAACAAUCUCAAGUACAUAGGCCUUUGCUGAGAGGCCAGGCCAGCCUGUUUGCCUGUGGCGAAACCCCGGGGGUGUCACACCCCCACUUGUGCUAGGGAGACCCAGCCCAGGGGCAGAAAACGUGGGGCCUGAAGAGUGUCCCCCCGCCCCUCUGCCUCUUUGGCACCCACGUUUCCAUACACCUAAAUAUAUAUGGAUAGAUUGCUAGGUAGGUAGACGCACACACACACACUCACAUACAGUCUGGAGAUGGCAGAAUUCCCCAAAACUAAGGUCUCUUGAAAUGUGAGGAGCUAUUCACCAGGUUCACUACAAGCCCUUCCUGCCCCUUCACUUUGCCUUCCUGAGUGGGCCCCACUUUGCAUGGGGGUCCGUGUGGGCUACAGGGAGUGGCAGCUGGGCCACCUGGAGGAGGCCAGCUCUGCCUGAGCUCCAGACCGGGGACCUCGCCGCUGACCAGGAGGGAGGACCCGAGCGAGGUCCAUGCGCCUUCCCUGCUGGCCAUGCGCACCGCUGGCCUACUCUGUACCGUGUUCAUUCUGGAACCAGGGUUCAAGGUCAGAUGGCAGCACUAACCAGACCUCCAGCCACUCACAGCUCUUUUUAAACAGCUUCAAAAUAUGCAGCAAAAAUCACAAUAACACGAGUGGCACAUUUUGUUUCAAACUAGGCCAGCUGGGUUCCAGCUUUUCUUCUACUAGUCUGAUGUUUUAUAAAUCAAAACCUGGUUUUUCUUCUCUGACAUCCUUUUUUUUGGCCAGAUCUUGUGGUGUUUCGCAGAAAAACAGAAAAUUUCAAAUGCAGUUGAAUCUUCUUUUUUAAAAUGCAGAUUUUCAAAGCAUAUUUUUUUUCAGGUGGUCCUUUUUGUGUCUGGCUUGCUGAGUGUAAAAGUUGUCUGGACGAGUUUGUCCUUCUGCUCCCGAGAGACGCUGGGGCCAAUGGCUGCCCAGCAGCAGCCUCUAGGGGCCAUGUUGUACAUAAACCUGUGCAGCGUCCUUGUUAUGGUGCGGUUUCUGCUUCGUUUUUAUUUCAGAAAAUAAAUGUGAUGUAUUUAAAGAAGGUUCUUCACCUAGGAGCGAAUGAACAAUAGCUAAUGUCUUGGUAUUUAAAGAGUACAUUAUCUGUGGCUUCGCAAGUUGAGGAAAGGGAGGCGAGAGCCCGGCCCCCGCACGCCCUGCGCCUGAGAUGCCUGAGUGUGACUACAACUCCUGUGAAGGCUUCGCCAGCAUUGUAGCCUGAGGGAGGCCCCACUGGGGCCCGGCGCCCAGGCCCUGUGGCACCUACCGCCAUGAAAGGACUGGCCGAGGGCCACGUGUAAAUAGGAAGCGCUGCCGCCGAGAGGGAAGGCGCCGCCAGAGCCCUUGCCAGGUCCCCUUCUCACAGCCUUUGUUCAGUACUGGGUCCAAGGUCAGCGUGUGGAAUCACAGCCAAGGACUUUAAGAGAUGUACAGAGGGAAAGAGGAGCUGGUGGUUGUAUGAAAGUCAGAGAUUGUCUACUUUAAGAAAAUAAAAUACCCUGAAUGAG